AUGUUGCUGCGCCGUGGCAAGGUGGAGACAAGUAGCGUGCGUCAUUGUGAGCAGAUUCAUGAGAUGCUUCGCAAUGGCACGAGGGGCUCGAGCGUUAUCGGCGUCGAGAUGUCUUCGAGGAGCGGAAGACAAGGCUACUUUUCGCCUGAUGGUGCCACACCACCAAUGACGCCCGGAGGGAGCGUCCUGAUGUCACCCAAUGACAGCGACAAUGGACGCAUGACACCUCGCGCGUUUCGAGGCCGAAGCAGGGAGAGGGACGCCUACUUUGAUGAGCGAGAUCAGAUGAGGCUGCAGGAAGACGACUCUCACUACUGGGCGAGUCAAACCGGUCAAGAGACGAAACAUGCAGGAUCGUCAUCGGAGCCAUCUCAACUGGCUCAGUCAUCACAGACGAUCGCUCAGGCUGCUGAUCAACUUGCUCAAUCUCUCGAGAAGACGAUGGUCUCGCCUUCCGAUCACGCUGCCUUGUAUGCAUCCCUGGGCAGCUCUCCCGCUCCUGGAGCUACUAUUCCACGGUGCAUUGCCGUCGACGCCAGCACGCAGACGCCUCCGCCAUCCUCGCCCACCCGACCGACCUCUCAGCAACUCGAGGACCCGCUGACUAGCGAGCUCAAGGCUCUUUACAAGUCGCUCCACAAAUGCAUGACUUUGCGAGACAAGUUCAUGGACAUCUCCCUGCAAGACAAGCUUGAGGACAACCCAAAGAAUUGGGACGCAGAGUACUGCCAAGCGUGGAGGAAGGAGAGGGGAUUGCCCUCUGACUCGAGCGAUGUGGCAGGAGGAUCUCAGGUGAAAGUAGACGGCUGCUCUUUGCAGGACGUCGAUGACCCUCAUUCCGAGCCGAAGCCCUGGAGAAUCUAUCCUGCACCUCCACGUCCUCACUGGGAGCUCUUUAAUCCUCCGCCGGCAUCGUCGUUCGUGGUACGCUCUCAGCAGAAGGGUGCCCCUCUGCCGAAGCCCAUCCCGCCCGCCUCCCCAGCCAACGCAGCGGCGGCUCAGAAGCUGCUUGAGGAAACGGGAGGACAGCCAGGUAUCUUCGACCAGAGCAAUAUCGAGAUACCUGGCGAAUGGAGAUGCAAGGCUCUGCGAGCGGAUGAGCACGUCGAGUGCGCCGUGGAUGACAACGGCGUCUACCAGGUCUACGUCAAGACGGUCGACGCUCAGCGCAAGCCGCUGAACCCAUCGCUCAAGAUACCAACGCUGCGCGACUACUUCAAGGACCUCGACUACCUACUCUCCGUCAUCUCAGAGGGGCCUGUCAAGUCCUUCGCGUGGCGACGACUGAGGUACCUCGAGGGAAAGUGGAACCUCUACUCGUUGAUGAACGAGGGAAGGGAGGUCGAGGGCAUGAAGCGAGUCAGACACCGCGACUUCUACAAUGUACGAAAAGUCGACACGCACGUCCACCACUCGGCGAGCAUGAAUCAGAAGCACCUUCUGCGCUUUAUCAAGGCCAAGAUCAAGCGCCACCCAGACGAUGUCGUCAUCUACCGAGAUGGCAAGCACCUCAGCUUGGCAGAGGUGUUCGCCUCGCUUGACUUGACCGCGUACGAUCUCUCGAUCGACACGCUCGACAUGCACGCUCAUCGCGAGACAUUCCACCGCUUCGACAAGUUCAACCUCAAGUACAACCCCAUCGGCGAGUCCCGCCUGCGAGAGAUCUUCCUUAAGACCGACAACUUUAUCCAGGGUCGCUACCUGGCUGAGAUCACAAAGGAGAUCAUGGCAGACUUGCAGUCGUCGAAGUACCAGAUGGCAGAGUACCGUGUAUCCAUUUACGGGCGAAACCUCGAUGAGUGGGAUAAAUUGGCCUCCUGGAUCGUUGACAACGAGCUUUUCUCGCCUAACGUCCGCUGGCUGAUCCAAGUACCGCGGCUGUACGAGGUCUACAAGAGCAAUGGGACGAUCAGCACCUUCCAAGAUCUCCUGACCAAUGUCUUCCAGCCCCUCUUCGAAUGUACGCUCAACCCACAGCGUCAUCGCAAUAUGCACAUCUUCCUUCAACGCGUCGUCGGCUUCGAUAUGGUAGACGACGAGUCGAAGGUCGAACGUCGCUUCCACCGCAAGUUCCCUACGCCCUCCAAAUGGGACCACAAAGAGUCACCGCCUUACAAUUACUGGAUCUACUAUAUGUUUGCCAACAUUGCCAGCUUGAACCAUAUGCGUCGCGAGCGCGGCUUCAAUACUUUCGUCUUGCGACCCCAUGCGGGAGAGGCAGGUGGGAAUCGCCAUGUCGCCCCUCUCGAAUAA